CUUCACUGCGCCAAUCGGUGCUGCCGCCCAGUGCUGCAAUGAAGCUUUACACCAACCCUGCCUCGCGCGGGUGCUUUGUGGAAUGGUAUGUCAGCGAAAUUGGAAAGGAGAGCGAGGUUGAGGUUGUGAAUCUUGACAUGGGCGACAAGCGCGAGCACAAGAGCGACUGGUACAAGAAGAUCAACCCCUUCGGCAAGCUACCGGCGCUGGAGGAUGGUGACCUGAAGCUGUUUGAGUCGGGCGCCAUCAUCUUGUACAUCGCUGAGAAGUACGGUCAGUUCAAGAGCCCCGCCGAGCGCGCGCGGGCGCAGCAGUGGGCGCUGUUCGCAAACAGCACCUUGACCCAAGCCGUGUUCGUGGAGGAGUGGCGCGACCGCUUCAUGCCGGACAUGAUGACAGCGCUGGAUGCAUUGCUCGGCGCCAGCCCCGGCGCACACAUCGACGGCCCGGAGUUUGGGAUCAGCGACGUGCUGGUGGGCGGGUACCUGCUGUACAUCCCCGCCUACCUGCCGCAGGUUGACCUGUCGCCAUACCCCCACGUCCAGGCCUACAUGAAGCGCCUGGCGGAGCGCCCCCACUGCGCCGCCACUGUGGUCGCCAGCGCCUCGGGCAAGAGGACCGCCGCCGCCGCCGCCGCCGCCACCGCCGCCGCCGCCACUCAGUAGCAACAGUAGUAGCACUAGCUGCCUUGACAUGAGCAGCAGCGGCAGGCAGCAGCGGCAGCAAUAGCAGCAGCAAUAGCAGCAGCAGUAGCAGCAGCAGUAGCAGCAGCAGUAGCAGCAGCCGUGACAGCAGCUGUGGCAAUUGCUCCUCAGGCAGGAGGGCAGCGCCCGCAGCCAGUCGCGCAAAGGUAGCGACAAUAAAGACUGCUGCCGGACAAUGAGGCUACUGCCACUGCUGCCACUGCUGCUACUGCUGCCACUGCUGCUACUGCUGCUACUGCGGUGUUGCCGCGAGCCGUAAGCCCUGGCGUACGACACGAAUUUCUAACGUGAGCCGGCCGCACGUCCAGCAGUGGCUACCGUAGCGGUGGGAGUGGUGGGAGGUGUGGAGGUGGUGGGAGCAGGCAGGCGUACCUAGGCAUACCCCAGCCAUACCCCAGGCAUACCCCAGCCAUGCCCCAGCCAUACCCCAGCGGCCACCAGGCAUCCUGCGGCAACCCCGCCCGCCCGCGAGUGGGCAAGUCCCGCGGCGUCCCGCUGGGGACGGAGCGUGGGGCGCGGUUGCUGUUUGUUUGUUGGUUGGUUGGUUACAGUUGGACGUUGGGGGACACGCGAGAUCAAGGUUAUCGUACCCGAGCGGUCGCCCAUCGCCGUGUUCACGGACGUCGAGAAGGAUGAGGAUGAGAGUAUGCUUGCACUGUGUAAACAAUCAAAACGAACGUGCGCUCGCUCUGGGCGUGUGCGUGUGUAUUCCCGAUGCAUGCUUGCGCCGUCUCCCUGCCUCCACCGUAUGUAAUAUGGUGGUCGAUGUGGGUGCGUCACGCACUACCGUCUCGCGUGUUUGCCCCUGAACGCAUGCCGUAUGCCCAAAGGCCCAAUCAAAGGCAUAUGCGGUGUGUCUGCGGAUAGGUUGGACGAUGCAUGACUCCUUGCUGACUCCGCCCAUAUCAUGCGCAUGACAUGCGCUAUUACGGCAGCGCUUCCGGGCGGAGGAUUACUGAGAGACGGACGACGUCUUGAAACCCAAUCCCCGGCCUGGACGCCGCAGCAAUCCCAGCUAACAUCAGCAGCAGCAGAGCGCGUGCGAGACUGGAAGCGCAUCCUGGCGCAUCGUCUGCUGUUUGCGCGCGAGCGA